UCCUCAUUUAAAUCAGUGGUAGAGUACUUCACAAUGCCCAUUCCUAGCCUACAGAAGCCGGCUCCUCUUUUCAAAGGCACAGCAGUUGUCGACGGUCUCUUCAAAGAAAUAAGUUUGACCGAUUACAGAGGACAAUAUGUUGUCAUCUUCUUCUACCCUUUAGAUUUCACUUUCGUUUGUCCCACCGAAAUUAUCGCUUUUUCCGACCGCGCGAACGAUUUCAAAAAAAUCCAAACAGUCGUAAUCGGAGCGUCUACCGAUAGCCAUUUUUGUCACUUGGCUUGGAUUAAUACGCCUCGCAAACACGGCGGUUUGGGACCCAUGAACAUACCGCUCUUGUCGGACAAAUCGAUGAAGAUUGCCAGAGAUUAUGGAAUUUUAGACGAAGAAACUGGAAUUUCGUUUCGGGGAUUGUUCAUAAUUGACGUUAAUGGCAUUCUACGACAAACGACGAUUAACGAUUUACCCGUGGGCCGUUCGGUUGAUGAAACUCUUCGUUUAGUUCAAGCUUUCAAAUUCACUGACGAGCACGGCGAAGUAUGUCCUGCAGGGUGGACACCUGGGAAAAAAACUAUGAAGCCGGAAGUGGAUGCCAGCAAGAACUAUUUUGAAGAUUUUAAUUAA